AUGGGCAUGGCAAAAACAGGCAACUUCCUGUUUCUUCUUGCUGUCCUGCUAUGCUUUCCUGUGGUUCCCUUAGCCAACAUCAAGCGCAACAUUUCCACGGAUCUAUCUGCGCUGCUUGCCUUAAGAUCCAAUGUCUUGGAUCCUACACAUGAAUUAUUGACAAAGAAUUGGACCACGAGAAUGUCAGUCUGCAACUGGCUUGGUGUCAAAUGCUCUUCUCGCCACCAUCGAGUAGUCGCUUUGAAUAUGUCUUACAUAGGCCUUCAAGGUAGCAUUCCUCCGGAAAUAGGAAAUCUUUCCUUUCUCAAUUCAUUUGAUUUCCGAUACAACAGCUUCACAGGUCGUUUGCCUCAGGAGAUGGCCCGUCUGCGAAGACUCAGAUACAUUAAUCUCAGCUUUAACAAAUUUAGUGGAGAGGUCCCUUCAUGGUUCGGCUUUCUGCCUAAUCUUCAAUACUUGUUCAUCGCAAAUAACAGUUUUACGGGUAGCCUUCCCCUUUCCCUGUCUAAUGCAUCAAAGUUGGAGGUCUUAAAUGUGCAGUUCAAUCAACUGCAAGGUAAUAUACCCCAAGAAAUUGGUAAUCUUGGCAAGCUGAAGAUCUUGAAUCUGCAAGGUAACCAGCUUACAGGGUCUAUGCCGCCAGCCGUUUUCAACAUUUCAUCGUUGCAAAGACUGUCUCUGACAAGCAAUAGUAUUAGUGGUAUUCUUCCCGUAAACAUGUGCUUUAACCUUCCAAAAAUUCAAGCCAUUUUUCUAUCGACAAACCAAUUUUCAGGCCAAAUUCAGUCCAGGUUCAAGAAUUGCUCAGAGCUUCAAGUUCUUGCACUGAGCAUCAAUAAAUUCAGUGGAGCAAUACCACGAGAAAUUGGAAACUUAACCAUGUUAAGCAUAAUCUCAUUGGGAGAUAAUUCCUUCCAAGGUGAAAUUCCGCGAGAGAUAGGCAAUCUCCUCAAUUUGGAGAUAUUAGAGGUCGGAUAUUCUUCACUCACUGGUCCAGUCCCGGAAGAAAUUGGCAAUCUUCAGCAACUAGAGACCUUGACAUUCACUUCAAAUGCCUUGAGCGGUUCAAUUCCCGCAUCCAUAUUUAACAUCUCAUCUCUAGUGGUAAUUUCAUUCACCUCAAAUAACCUAUCGGGGAGCCUUCCUCCUGGUCUAGACCAGAAGCUACCAAAUCUACAAAUGUUGUAUCUUGGAAAUAAUAAACUUACCGGUGCUAUUCUUGAUUCCAUCUCAAAUGCCACGGUACUUGACACAUUGGAACUUGGCAACAACCAAUUCACUGGUUCCAUUCCAACCUCGUUAGGCAACUUGAGGUUCCUUGAGACCCUUGGUCUUGAUAGAAACUAUUUCACCUCCAAUUCGCCGGCAGAGUUGAGCUUUCUUUCAUCUUUGACGAAUUGUAGAGGUUUAAAAACUUUGUCCAUGUCGUUGAAUCCUCUGAAAGGAACUCUUCCCUCUACAAUAGGGAAUUUUUCCAGUUUGCUCACAUUCUUUUAUGCAAGUAUUUGUGAAAUUGAAGGCAACAUUCCACCUGAAAUUGGUAAUCUAAGUGGCCUAUCAGUCCUCAGUGUUGGCGACAAUUACUUGACUGGACCACUACAAAUGACGUUCAAUGGACUGUUGAACCUGCAAGCUUUGGACCUACAAGGUAACCAAAUUCUAGGGACUAUUGCUGACACAUUUUGCAAUUUCAGGAAACUGGGCAUAUUGUAUUUGAGUCGAAAUCAGUUCUUUGGUAUGGUGCCAGAAUGUUUUGGAAAUAUUACAUCACUGAGAAAACUGCACUUAGAUUCCAAUGGGUUCAAUUCAAGUAUACCUGCAAGUCUCGGAAUCCUGAAGGAUUUGUUGGAGCUAGACAUUCAUUCAAAUUCUUUGAGUGGUUUUAUACCGACAGAAAUUGGAGAUUUGCGGGCUGCAUUGUACAUGGACUUGUCAGGCAAUAGAUUUUCAGGCAAUAUUCCCACAACACUUGGUGACCUUGAGACCUUGAUCAACCUCACCCUGGCACAUAACGAAUUACAAGGGCCAAUUCCUGCAACAUUUGGCAAAUUGGUAAGCCUGGAAUUGUUGGAUCUAUCUCACAACAACCUCUCUGGAGAGAUUCCAAGAUCAUUAGAAUCACUUUCACGGUUGCUACACUUCAAUGUGUCCUUCAAUAAGCUACGAGGAGAGAUUCCCUCAACUGGUUCUUUCAUGAACUUCACAAACGAAUCAUUCAUGUCAAAUGAGGCACUCUGUGGUGGUCCUCCUCAUUUGCACUUCCCUACUUGCGCUUCUCCUCGGGGAUCAAGGAUGAAAAGCUUGCGCUUAGCCGCUUAUGUCUUGCUACCGAGUGCAUUCUUAGCUUUUACUUUAAUUAGCAUUGCACUACUGUUCAUGAAAAAGAGAAGAAGAAACCAAAGUACUGCUCAAGCAGAUUCACCUCCGGCAAUAACACCUGAAAGGAUUCCUUACUAUGAGCUUCAACAUGUAACCAAUGGCUUUAGCGAGAGCAAUUUACUUGCAGUGGGAAGUUAUGGUUCAGUUUACAAAGGGAUGCUCAGGAAUGGAAAAUUGUCAGCCAUAAAAGUUUUCAACUUGCAUUUAGAAGGAGCAUUCAAAAGUUUUGACACUGAGUGUGAAGUUCUGCGUAAUCUUCGCCACAGGAAUCUGGUUAAAGUCAUCAGUAGUUGUUCUAACCCAGAUUUUAAGGCUCUAGUCUUAGAAUAUAUGCCUAAUGGAAGUCUUGAGAAAUGGUUGCACUCUGACAACUAUUUCUUGGAUUUUGUCCAAAGAUUAGACAUAAUGGUGGAUGUAGCAGCUGCAUUGGAUUACCUUCAUCAUGGCUACCCGUCACCUGUAGUCCAUUGCGAUCUAAAGCCCAGUAAUGUUCUUCUGGAUGAAGAGAUUACUGGUCAUGUGAGUGAUUUUGGCAUUGCAAAGCUAUUUCAUGGGGAUGAAAGUACGAGACAGACAAAGACACUCGCAACAAUUGGUUAUAUAGCACCGGAGUACGGAUCUGAAGGUAUAGUAUCCACUAGAUGUGAUGUCUAUAGCUUCGGCAUUCUCUUGAUGGAAACAUUUUCAAGGAAGAAGCCGACUGAUGAAUUGUUCUCUGAAGAUUGGACAUUGAAAGACUGGGUAGCUGAGUUGUUGCAAAAUUCAGCAUUGGAAUUCAUUGACCAGAGCCUCCUAACUAUCCAUGAGCAAAAUCCAGCAAGAUUGGUGAAAUGUACAUUAAAAAUCAUGAACUUGGCCCUUGCAUGCACAGUGGAGUCAGCAGAGGAGAGGAUCGACAUCAAAGAUGCUCUGAAAGAACUCAAAAGAAUCAAAGUUGACUAUGAUUCAAAGUAGAUUAGUGAAAAGAAAAGGACGUGAAGGCCAGCUCUCAAAUUACAAUAAAGGGAAAUCAAUGCUUUAAGAAGCAACUACAUGAUUUGCAUCAAGAUUUACAUAUGCAGCUUUCAGAUCAUUCAAGACUAUUGUUUUUCCAUAGGAUAGCUGUGUUUUCAGUGAUUUGUAGGUGCUUUAUU